AUGUACAUCAAUUCACCCAAUCCUAUUUACUACUUUGUUCCUUAUUAUAUACCAUUCCAAUUUAAUCCUGUGGCUCAAUAAUAAAUUGCUAAGGUUGAUCUCCAUUCUGAGAGUGAAAAAGAGUAAACUAAACCCCUUUUAGAUGAAAUUCAUACUAACGCUAGUGGAAUAGUUAGAGGAAAAGGUUAAUUAUGGACUUAAAAAGAAAUAAAUAAUCUAAUUUUUUACUAUAAAAAGUACAAAGGCCAUUGGAAAUAAAUUAUUAAACAUCUCAAGGGUAGAAAUAUCUCUUAAUGUUCUCAAAAAUAUAGAAAGCUUCAAGAUUAAGAGAAAAGAACUAAAAAAAAAUGGUCUUAUGAAGAAGAUCAAAUUUUAAUAGAUGCCUAUAAAGAAUUUGGAAGACAAUGGAUUAGGAUAAGUUAAAGUAACUAUUUUUUUAUAAUUUUUAGAAUUGGCAGGCCGUACUUCAAAAUAAGUGCGUGAUAGAUAUGUGAAUUAAAUCGAUCCUUCUAUAACACAUGAAGAGUGGUCAUUAGAUGAGGAUAGAAUCAUUUUAGAAGAAUAUAAGAAAGGAGGAGCUAAAUGGGCUGUUAUUGCUAAAAUGCUUAAAAAUAGAUCUGUAAAAUUAAAAAUUCUAUUUUUAGGAAAAUUAAGUUAAGAAUCGUUUUUAUUAUACUAUUUUAAAGAAAUACUAAGGUGAAUAACACCCAUACUUAAAAGUAUAGGAAUGA